AUGAUUUUUUGUAAUACCAAAAAUACAAUUAUGGUUGAAAUAAUUAAAAUGUGCAUUUUAAUUUCAGAUUCAAUUUUCAAUAGUACAAAAAUAAUUAUAACAGAAUCUAAUAAAAUGAAUAAUAUUGAAGAAGAAUGGUAAAAAUCUCCUAAUCGAUCAAUCUCAACAGAAUUAAGAACAUUAAUAUAUCCUAUUAAACCAAUUUAAUAAUCUGAAGAGUUUCUUAAAAUAUUAAUAGUUUUGGAUAAAUUGAUAUUCCCAUUUGUCUACGAUAAUUUUUUUAAAUAUCAUAGCUUACUUUAUUAAUUUAAUUCAGUAUUUAAGAUUAAUUUAUAAUAGGAAUAAUUAUAGAAAUUAAAUAUCUUAAUGAAUCAUUGUUUAUAAUUAAAAUCUUUAACAAAAGAGUAGGUCCACAAAAAAAUGAUAUAAAUUUUCUUGGAUUUAUAUUUAAUAGUAAUACUUUUUGUAUUUAAUCCACAUUUAUAUGUAUUAUGCUUAAAAAUAAAUAAGAUCAAUAUAUAUAUCCUAUUAUAUUAUUUUAUUGUAAAAAUCCUUUAAUUUAUUAAAACUUCUCAAUUUAAGUAAUUUUAUUUAAUAGAACUAGUAUAAAAAUUAUAAUUAAAUUUGUGUAUCAAAAUUUGUGAAGUGUAUUUACGGAGCGCAUUUUUUAUUUUAAAUAAUAAAUUCAUGACAGAUACUCCACUUAGUUUUUAAAGAAUAAAUGUAGACAUGAUAUAAAAAUUCAAAGGUUAAAAUGUGACACUUGUUGGAAAAUUGUUAUAGAAAAAAGGUGAUUACGUUCAAUUUUAAGUAGAUGGAAGUAAAAUAUAUUAAUUAUAUAGCAAUCAUAAAAGUAACAGAGAUUGAACAAGAGACAGAAAGUUCUGAAGAUAUCCUUUUAGAAAUAAGAGGCAAAUUAAAUGAUGAUGGUUAUUUAGAAGCAAAAGAAUAUACAGAAUUAGAACAAACAUUUGAUUUCGAAUUAUAUAAGAAAGUGAUAAAUAUGGUUUAAGGACAAUUUAGAGAUUUGUUUUAUGAGUGAU